GACCUGCAUACUUAGGUUAUUCAUUCAAUACAUACCAACUACCCCCAUGCAGUCAAAGCCGCGCCUCCAACCCAGCAACAAAAACCAUGCCGCCCAACCAGCCACCCUUCCCAAUCCUCAUAUUCAGCAAGACAUCCUCCUACCGGCACGCCUCCAUCCCCACCAGCAUAUCCGCGCUCCGCGCACUAGCAGCCAGCACGCACCUCUUCACAGCAGACGCGAGCGAAGACGCCGAGGCCGCCAUCACGCCGUCCUCGCUCUCGCGCUACGCCGUCGUCGUGCUUCUGCAAUGCACGGGAGCCUUCCUGACGCCGGCGCAGGUCAGCGCACUGAGGGGCUUCGUACGGGCGGGCGGCGGCAUCGUAGGAAUCCAUGCGGCGGCGGCGGGCAUGCCGCUGGAUGCGUGGUAUGGCGCGCUGAUCGGGGCGCAGUUUGAGAGCCAUCCUGAGCCGCAGAUGGGGAAUGUGCUUGUUGGGGAUGAUGCGGGGCAUUGGAUUCUUGGUGGCAGUGGAGGAGGGGGGCGCAGUGGCUGGAUGGAUGAAUGGUAUAAUUUCAAGAGCCAUCCGCGGGGUAACGCGGGGUUGAACGUGCUUUUGAAGGGGGAUGCGAAGUCGUUCACGGGCGGGACGAUGGGCGAGGAUCAUCCGCUUUCGUGGUGUCAGGAGUUUGAGGGCGGGAGAUCGUUCUAUACGGCGUUGGGGCAUUUUGAGGAGGCUUAUGGUGAUAAGUGGUAUAUGGAUCAGGUUUUUAGGGGGAUUCUGUGGGCGGCGAGGCGGGAGCGGGAUGCUGAUUAAUCUAUCUCUUAUGACCUUUUGUCUAUACUUCUAUCAGGAUACCACUCCGUGUUCAUUAUCUUCCUUUCUUGAUUCUUCGCACAUCACUUCGCCGGUUCGUAGGAAGUUAUCCUAGGAGACGACCGAUUGACCCCUUAGUAGACCCUCCUACAAAUCUCUCGUAAACUCAGACUGUUGCCGCCACUUCUCUCCGUAUCUGAAAACAAAGAUAGGUAUCGGCGCAAGGAACAGACUGAGUGCUCCAAGGCAAGUGAAGCCCCAACCAUAUCCAAGAUGCUCGGCCAAAGGACCGGUGGCCAGGGGUAAGAAGGUUCCCAUGAGA